AUGGCCUCUACCAAGACUCUGUUCCAGCUUACUACUCGACCAACAUGGUUCGAGAACAUCGCCAUAAAGUCCAACGGAACUAUCUUGACAACUCGUCUUGAUGUUCCCGAAGUAUGGGCUGUUGAUCCGGAGACGUCGUCUGGCUUCCAAAUUUUACGUGUUCCUCUCCCUGAAGAGAUCCCUAAUCAAGCACUCACUGGCAUAUGUUACCUUAAACCAGAUGUCUUUGCCAUUGGUGCGGGCUCCUUUGACCUGCUUGGGGGCGCGAAGCCUAAGCAUGGAUCUUGGAGUAUCUGGCUUGCAGACCUUAAGACAGAACAGCCCAAAGUAACAAAGGUUGCAGAUAUGCCCCUGAUCGAUAUGAUCAACGGUAUUACGGCCUGGGAUGACAAUACUGUCCUAGUCACAGAUUGUCUCAACGGAAAAGUAUACAAACUUGAUGUCGAAACGGGGUCAUACAAUCUUGCGCUGGGAGGCGAGACCAUGACAAUCCCAGCUGACGCUCCCUUUCAAGUCGGCAUCAACGGGAUCAAAGUUCAUCGCACUUCAGAGCAAACUUACAUCUACUACACUACUACAACUCGCUUUUCCAUGUAUCGUGUACCCGUUACGCAACAACUACAAGCCGCAGGUCCCGUGGAGACACUUACAUCAGGGGUUAUUGGCGAUGAUUUUGCCGUGACCCGCGACGGAACCGUUUACUUGUGCACCAACGUAUCCAACACAGUUACACAGGUCCCGGCCGCUGGCGGAGCAGCAGUCAGAGUAGCUGGUGACGAAAAAACCCUGGUACUUGCGGGCGCAACAGCGUGUGUGUUGAGUGAGGACGAAAAGUUCUGGGUGUAA